AGAGAGAGCUUAGCUUUUCUUAAACGUACAUCGCAGCUGUCACUUUCUUUUUCUCUCCCCACCCCCCACAGAAUUACAGCAAAGGGCCGCAGAGGGGAAGAGCGGGUCCGUCCAAGCGAAAGCGCGAGGAGGCCCCGGGCCGGGUGCUGAGGGUGUGGUGUACGUUGGGCCGGAGGUGGGAGAGAAGACCGACCGAGGCAAGCCGGUGGCCAAGUGGCAGCCAGGACCCAGGCCUCCUUCCCCACGCAGACGGGCACGCACCGAAACUGUGGAGUUCAACGCGCGCCCCGAGCCCCCCAAGUGCUUUUCGCGUUUGGCCGUGAGCGCACCCAGGAGGGGAAGAGGGGAGGAAGACGAGAGGCCGCGCGUUCCAAGGCCCCCAGCCGCGCGCCCGCGCCACCGGAGGGAAGCGGACUGGCCGGCAGGGGGCGCGCGAGAGCAGCAGACGGCGCGCGCCUCCAGGCCACGCGUUGCCCUAGGCAACCAACCGGGACUAUGGGGUGACUGUCUAGCGGAGUGGGAAGGGAGAAGGCGGCGGUGGAAGGAAGGGGAAGGGCCGGCCAACAUGGCGGAGGACCUGGAUGAACUGUUAGAUGAGGUGGAGUCCAAGUUCUGCCGACCCAAAUCCUUGAGUCCGGGACCUCUGGAGCGGCCGCCCGGCAGGGGCAGCACGCUGGCCUGCAGCAGGAACAGCGCCGACCGGGAGACGGAGGACUAUGACUACGACGACUACGACGAAGACGAUGACGAUGACGAUGACGACGACGACGACCUCAGAUCAACUAAAAUAUUAUUGAAAGCUGAUGAUGAUCUUGAUGGCCUAAUUAAUGAAAUCUUUGAAGAGCCCUGUUUUGACAAAAAGCCUGUUAAAUUAAAAUCUAAAUCUUCAAAUCACACAUCUGUCAGAACUUCCAUUCCAGUGCUUGGCAAAAGAUGCAGUCCAGUAUACAUUGGAGGAAGCUCUGCUCCAUGUGGUAUAGGAACAAAUACUUCCCAGAGAACAUGUGACCAGUUGCGAUGUACAGCCUGUGAUUUCCGUGUAUUAAGCUUUGAUGACUACAUGUGGGAUAAAUCCUGUGAUUAUCUAUUUUUCAGGAACAACAUGCCUGAAUUCAACAAGUUGAAAGCAAAGAUGACAAAGCAGAAAGGUAUACGAGCCUAUGCUUGCCAGUGUAGUUGGAGAGAUGUAGAAGAACUCACUGACCUCCGGACUGAUCAGCAACUUCGAUGGGUUUGUGGUAAACAUAAUGAGUGAAGUUUUCUCACCUUCCAACCAGUUAUCGUGGAAAGGCCAGCUUCUAUGGGAGCUUACUCUGGGAUGAUUUUAGGAUUAAGCAAGGAAGACAACUGUUAUCAUUUGUGCCUCUUAGCCAAAGAGGGUGGAAUUAUUUGAGUAAAUUUUACAAAUUUCCAAAGUCCAAUGGGCUAGGAAAGAUAAUCAGGCUUUAAUACUUCAGAAUCAUUCUUUUCUCCUUACUAAGAUGUGUGAAUAUUGCCUAUUAUAAGCAAAGUCACAAGUCAAACUCUCCCUAUUUCUCAAACCUCUGAUGUUUGCCCUCCUCUCUGUCUCUUUUUAGGCCACAUGAUGUUCUUCUUCCACCAUUGAGUAUUAUAAAGUCAUAUACAUAUAUAUGUGUGUGUAUGUGUAUAUAUGUGUAUACCUAUACACACAUACAUAAUAUAUACAUACAUACAUACACAUAAAUAUUUCCCCCAAUUACAUGUUAAAACAAUUUUUAACAUUUGGGUUUUUUUAAGCUUUGAGUUCCAUAGUAAUAUAAAGAAGUGGCAUCUAAUGUAAAUACUGUUGAAAUGCUGACCAUUACACACAUUCUAAGCCAUAUAUGUAUUGGUAUCUUCCACAUCUGUCCAAUCUAGUGUUGCCAAAGACCAUAAGAAGAUGUAGCAGAAACCACAGAUCGACUGUGAUCUCUCAUCCAGUUGAUGUUCUCUCGUCACCUCUGGAGGCAUUUUACAGAAUUCUCAAAUAGGUUUACUCAUUUUUGCCACAACUGUCCUCAUCCUGGUCACCUUCUCACUGUCCAUAUAUAUCAGAAAAACAUCUUUUGAUGGGCCAUUUUACUUGUACAUGCUUGUUUCAGUGUGAGGAUUUUCGGGAAACCAAAACUAUAUUCAUCAAAAACAUAUACAUGUAAUACAUAAAUGCAGUAAUGGUAUAUAGAUGCCAUUAUGGUUUUUUUCUGUUUCCACUAGUCCAGUAUGCCUGCCCUGUGCCUUUAGCACCCAACAUAUUAUUGACAUUUAGCAAAUGAAUUAAUAAUAUCCCAAUGUCAGUAAAAUUGAGUUUUCAUUUAUAAGCUUUUUAGUACUGCACUAUUUUGUAUCUAAAGUGUGGAUAAAGUAUUAUGUUUAUGUAUAAAUGGAUAUUUUAUUAUAGGUUGUAAUCUAAUUAAAGUAUGACUUUUAGUAUCAGUAUAAAAGAAAAUUACAAUUUCUCCAGGUCUUAGGAAAAAAAACCUAAUAGAUUUUAAACUGUUUCCAGAUGUCCUGCCAAAAUGCUUACUGAAUUUUAGAAUUUUUUCUAUCUUUGCCCAAUAUGUAUCUUGUCCAAAAAAAAAGUAGCCAGUCACCUCAUUUGUGCACUCAGACCUUCAUCCUGCCUCGAUAAGACAUCAAAAAUUUCAUUGUUUGUGUUUGUGCACAUUUUCUACAUUAUUCAAUAAAGAGAGUACUGUAAGAGUUAA